CAGAAAACGUCUCCCUACAGUUCAGCUCUACGGUCUUUGUCUCACAGAAGAAUCAGAACGCACCGGUCGUGGUGGGAAGAGAAAGUAGAUUAUUUAGCCAUAAUAUAACGGAGAAAAAGAUCUCACCGGAGAAGGGACGAAAUCUGGAGCGAGAAACCAAGAGCUCCUUCUUCCAAAGAAAUAUCAAGAUAAAACAAGAUGCCAGAAAAUGAGAGCACUGAUCGGAUAAGGCUUCUUCCUUGUAAGAGAAAUAAACUGUUUCUUUCUUUGGCAGCAAUCUUGACCAUUCUCUGCAAAGGAAUCAGAACUCAAAAAGCAUGGAGGUAUAGUAUCACCGUGGAUUCUUCUUUCUCCGUACAGCGUGGUCUCGCUCUUCAUAUUCCAUGCCGGUUCACUUAUAACCAGGGAGACCUGUCGAGAAAUGAAAAGAUAUUUGCUUAUUGGUUUAAGUAUCCGCCAUAUUCUUCCCCCUGUUAUUUGCAUUAUGAAGUCUGCAAGCCUGUAGUUACCAACUACCAAUAUCAGACAGUCCAACAUUCAGCCAAGGAUCGCUUCUAUUUAUUAGGAGUUCCAGAUCAAGGAGAUUGCUCACUUGUCAUCACGGAUGCUCGCAUAGAAGACGAAGGGCGAUACUACUUGAGAAUUGAGGGAAGCAGACAAUUAAAAUAUUCUUUUCUCCCAGAAAUGGAGCAUACUUUACCUCGUGUUCAUGUGAUAGAACCACUCCAGAAAGUCACUAUCACAGUGAACAUUGAAGGCGCAGGAUACUCCGGCUCAGGAAAGGAAAGGAAAGAGGAACUCAACCCUGUGAUAGCCAAGGAAGGAAACACUGUCAACCUGAUGUGUGCUGCUGAUGGUAGACCAGCGCCCAACCUAUCCUGGAUGAAGGACAACCAGAAAAUUGGUGAACCCACGCCUUACCUUCAGCUGCGUGAAAUUGGACCAGAGGAUGCUGGAAAAUACCAGUGCCUGGCAAAUCAUCAGAACAGAUCAACCAUCAAGAAGAUGGUUGAACUGAUUGUCCAGUAUCGCCCAAGGAUGCUGGUUUUCAACACCACCCAAACUCACAGAAGAGGCUCCAUACUCACUCAAGGUUGCUCCAAGGAGCUGUCCAGUGUGUCUAACUGGACAGCCGAAGUAGGUGACUCAUUGGAGCUGCUCUGCAAAGCAGAUAGCAAUCCUCCAGCCACAACAAGUUGGGCGAAAAGGGACGGUCGCUUGCAGAAGCCUCCAGAUAACCAAUUGAGACUGACCAAUCUGACAGUUGAAGAUGAGGGUGUCUAUGUGUGCAAAGCUAAACAUGAGCUUGGCGAUGUUGAGGGAACCUUCCGGCUCUAUGUGACAUAUGCCCCAAAGCUCAGUGGAAACCCCCAGAAAAAUACAACGUGUUAUUAUCAUGACAAUGGUUUCCUGUGUACUUGUACCUUGCAUGCUAAGCCACUUCCCCAGAUCGAGUGGGAGGUAGAUGGGGAGAGGAUAACCGAGGAGAGCAGGAGAAGAGGAAACUGGACAGUCGAAGUUUCAGUCAAGAUGAAUGAGGUCACCAGUACCUUAAACUGGACUGGCAGCCUGGAUAGAGCUCAUAAUAUUAUCUGCAUGGGGAGCAAUUCUUAUGGAAUCCAAAGCAUGCAAUUCCUGUUGAAUGCCAAGAAAGACUCAACUUCAGAAUCUUCCAUAGGAAAAUCUAAUAAGGCUUUGUUCAUUGCUGGGCUCUGUGGAAUUUUUCUGGGAGCUGGAAUCUUCAUGUUGUGCUUAUUCCUGAUCAGGGUUUUUAAGCAGAAGAAAGCAAUUCUCGAAGCUAGCCAUGUUGAAGGAAUCUCUUCUGGAAGAGAACCUCAGGAGAAACCCAAGAAUUCCAGCCAUAUCUACAGCAACGUUUUUCCGAUGGGUCCAAGGUUGUCCCCAGCCGAUAAGCCAAAACCUGCUGGAGAAAGGAAGGCUAAAGUACCCCAGGUGUCUACCGUUCCAGCCCCAAGGAGAUCAGAACCACCUGAAUUGCAGUAUGCAGCCUUAAAUUUCAAGCCGAAAAGUAAAGGUGUUCCAGACUUAAGUGACGACAAUGUGGAAUAUUCACCGAUCCAAAGAAAAUAAAGUCCUUGGAAGUGAGUGUGUUCGCUUUUGAAGAAACGGGAGAGAAAGAGGAUUGACAGUUUUUCGAACUUCAGUGCUGACUCCUGAAGAUACCAGGGAAAGUCAAGAAAUAAAUCAUCAAACAAAUCAGCCCAUCAUUCAAGCCACAAGUAAUCAGGCUCACAUUAUCUAUUUCACACCUAUUAUAAGAAGACUUGAGACUAAGACGCUGAGCUUGUCGAUCUAAAGGUCGGCAGUUCAGCGGUUCGAGUCCCUAGUGCCGCGUAACAGGGUGAGCUCCCGUUACUUGUCCCAGCUUCUGCCAACCUAGCAGUUCGAACGCACGUAAAAAAUGCAAGUAGAAAAAUAGGGACCACCUUUGGUGAGAAGGUAACAGCGUUCCAUGCACCUUUGGCGUUUAGUCAUGCUGGCCACAUGACCACGGAGACGUUUACCUUUACCUAUAAGAAGACCCAGCUCUCUGAAAAAGGCUGUAAUGCUGGGAAAGGAGGAAGGAAAGAGAAGAAGAGGAUAACCAGCAGCAAGGGGGACGGAUUCGGUUAUAAGUGGCAAUGGGGCUACCUAAGGACCAAGUUAGGGACAGAUCAUCCCGGAGAAAAUUUACCUGUGUGAUUGCUAAGAAUUGACACUGACUUGAUGAUACAUAAUUAAUCAAUCAUUCCUAAGAAACACCACAUGUAAUGAGGAUAAGGCUACUAGAUCAAAACUGUAAUAAUUCAUCUACGCAUACAUACAUACAUAUUGUACAUAUAUAAAUACUACUACUAAAACA